CUCUCUCUUUGCCGUCUUUCCUAUCCUCCAUCUCCCUGUCUCUCUGUUUCACCUUCUCCGAAGAAAACCGACCCCAAUCUUUUCCCCCAAAUCUCUUCCCCCAAAAACCCUAAUUUUGCGACGCCGGCUGUUCGAGCAUUCCGCCGAUCGAAUCCACGCGACGGAGCUGAUCGAAUCGCGCCUGGGAGGAUACGCCGGAGGGCCCUUCUCGGUAGGAUCUGCUGAUUCCCGCUGCCGCCGCUGCUGUGUUUGGAUUUUAGGUUUCCCGAGGUGGUUUCGUCGGUCCGCCGGGGGGGGGGGGGGGGAGCCCAUGGCGAACGGUACGGAUUCCGAGGAGUUCGUGGUGCUGUCCAGAGUGAGGCCGGGGUUGAAGCGCGAGUUUGCAUUCGCCCUGAAGGCGCAGUCCGAGAUCCGCGGGUCUUUCGGUCGGACGCGGGCGAGGAGGGCCCAGAACGGUGCUUACGGCGGCGGGGUGUCGUCGGGGUCGGGCAAUAACAAGCGCUUGAAGAGGAGUCCGGAGGCGGCCGGGGAGGGAGAGCUCGCGGUGCGGAAGCCGGUGAGCGAAGGUGAGAGGGCUGCUGGUGCAGGGGAGGCGGCGAAUGUGGUUGCGCGUGCUGUGAAGGUGGAGAAAUUGGGGAGAGAUUGCGAGGGUGCGGCGGGUUCGACGAGCGAAGAGGAGGCGAAGAGCGACGUGGUGGACGUUGAAGAUGUUCGGAAGAGCAGCUUGGGAGGUUCUGUCGGCGAUAAUGGUUUGAAGAGUGACAUUCCGACGGAAAAUGUGGGUUUCAAGCCCGAAAUCGUCUCACUUGAUGGGGCAGUGAAAGGCACCGAGGCAAAUCCAGUACGUGAAGAGGAAGACAAAGUUGAGAAAGACACUGACCUGGGGAAACUCCAUGGUCUUUCUUUUACUGGGGACCAGCGGAAAGUUGAAACAGCACCAUUAUCUGGAAAUAAGGAAGACCAAGUGUUGGCUGAGAAGCCCUAUAGGCGGUUUACUCGUUCAGCACUAAAGCCAAAGGAAGAUGUUGUGGAGAAAACUGUGGCAACAAAUGUGAGAAAAGCGAGCCAUGGCAAGGUAAUUGGCGAUGGAGGUGAUAGGAAACUAGAGAAUGGGGCGAGUGCAUUGGUUAACACUCCAACGAAGUUGGAGAUCAAAAUGUCUAAGAAGAUUGCAUUAAAGAAGCCAUUUUCAACGUUGAAGGAUUUUCUUGAGACGGGAUUACUCGAGGGUCUUGCUGUGAAGUAUUUCCGGGUUUUAAGGGAUCGGAAUCGUGAAAAAGGGCUUGGUGGAGUAAUCAGAGGAACUGGGAUUCAGUGCUCCUGUGCAGAGUGCAAAGGAGUCAAUGUUGUCUCGCCCGCCAUCUUCGAGCUUCAUGCUGGCAGUUUAAAUAAACGUCCACCUGAAUAUAUAGUCUUGGCAAAUGGGAAAACUCUUCGCGAUGUAAUGAAUGCGGUCAAGAAUGCACAGUUAGAUACUAUAGAAGAGGCUGUUCAAGAUGUUCUUGGUUCUUCACGGAUAAACAAAUGUAACAUAUGUUUAAAUUGCAAAGGAGCCAUCUCUGAGAUGACAACGGGAAACUUAAAGCUUUUGUGCAAUUCAUGCUUGGAUUUGAGAGGGUCCCGGGUUUCGCCUGGUCAAGUAGUUACUACUGACGAGGUUUUUCUAGAUCAAGUAGCUGUUGCUGCUCAGGCUUCACCUGAUCAAGGUGCUGUUGCUGAGCAGGCUUCUGCCGGUGUAGCAGCUGUUUCUCCACAAAGAUUGCCAGAAACACAUCCAGCUUUGGAGUCAUCUGCUGAUUUGUCUGCUGGCACAGCAAGAGCUGCUUCUUCGCAGGCUAAGAGUCGGGGAAAAUUAACUAGAAAGGACCUGCGUUUGCAUAAGUUGGUUUUUGAGGAGGAUGUGUUGCCUGAUGGGACUGAAGUUGCGUAUUUUGUACGCGGGAAGAAAUUGCUGGUCGGCUACAAAAAAGGGUUUGCGAUCUUUUGUACUUGCUGUGAUUCUGAGGUCAGCCCCUCACAAUUUGAAGCUCAUGCGGGUUGGCCAUCACGUCGCAAGCCGUACUUAAACAUUUACACAUCUAAUGGUGUUUCCCUUCAUGAAUUGGCAAUAUCCUUAUCGAGGAGAAGGAGGUUGUCUACCAAUGAGAAUGAUGACCUUUGCUCCAUUUGUUUUGAUGGAGGGGAUCUUUUGUGUUGUGAUACUUGCCCAAGGGCUUUUCACUUAGAGUGUGUAUCUCUUUCAAGAAUUCCUAAGGAUAGCUGGAACUGUAGAUAUUGCCAGAAUAUUCAUCAAAUGGAGAAGUGUGUGGAGCACAAUGUUAAUGCAUUGGCAGCUGGAAGGAUUGCUGGAGCUGAUCCUAUAGAACAGAUAACCAAGCGAUGCAUUCGAAUUGUGAAAACUCCAGAGACUGAAGAAGUUGGAGUUUGUGCAUUGUGCAGAAGCAAGGGUUUCACCAAAUCUGGUUUUGGUCCUAGGACAGUUAUCAUUUGUGAUCAGUGUGAGAAGGAAUUUCAUGUCUGCUGUUUGAGGGAUCACAAAGUGGCUGAUUUGAAGGAAUUGCCAGAAGGAAAUUGGUUCUGUUGCAUGGAUUGCGAGAGGAUGCACUCUGCUUUGGAAGAAAUGGUAAUUCAGGGAGAGAAGAAGCUUCCAGACUCCCUCUUGGAUGUGAUAAAGAAGAAGCGUGAGGAAAAAGACACUCAGAAUGAAUCCAAUCUCGAUAUAAGAUGGAGGAUUCUUAACAACAAAAUAUUGUCUGAUGAUGCAUCGAAGCGGUUGCUUUCUAAAUCUGUUGCCCUUUUUCAUGAGCGGUUUGAUCCGAUUGCUGAAACUAGGAAUGGACGGGAUCUCAUUCCUGCUAUGGUCUAUGGGAGGAGCUAUAAGGGCCAAGUACUCAGCGGGAUGUUCUGUGUGAUAUUACUUGUCAACCAUGCAGUUGUGUCAGCGGGAACUCUUCGCAUUUUUGGGCAUGAAAUGGCAGAACUUCCUUUGGUUGCCACGAGUACAGAUUGCCAAGGACGAGGUUACUUCCAGUCUUUAUUUGGCUGCAUUGAGAGGCUUCUUCAUUCUCUCAAUGUGAAGAAUCUCGUGCUUCCUGCUGCAGAGGAAGCAGAAUCCAUAUGGACAAACCGAUUUGGUUUUGGCAAGAUGACCCCUGAGGAGUUGAAGCAGUUGAGAAGAAAUCGCCAGAUGAUGGUCUUUCAAGGGACGACUGUGCUGCACAAGGCAGUUCCCGUGUUCCCUGAAACAGAGAGCAGCAGAAUCAACGUUUGAUUCCUAUGGAAAAGCUUUUGGGGGCCAACGGCCGUUUUGUCUCGGCCCAUAAGUUGUACAGGGUUUCUGAAACUUUUUGUAUAGGGUUGAUGAAUAUCGCCGCUUAGUCUUUUGAGCGUGUUAGGCAAUUUUUGGCAGCGCAGAGAGGAAAUGAGAAGCAGGGUUUUGUAGCUGGUGGGUGAGAGAUACAAGGAAUUAGAAAAAAAAAAGUUUUGGGAGGAUGUUUUAUACUAGAAACCACAGAAGAUGGUGAUGUACAUUUCAAAGGACAACCGUUUCUAGAUUUUAACAUAUAUACAUCUGCAACUUUUCAUAGGCUCAA